AUGGUCGGCGGUCAUAGUAGCAUGUUUGAAUAUGAUAAAAAUACAAUAUGUAAAUUAGGAGAUCCUCAUGAAGUUGAUUUUUAUCAAUUGAUGCCAGAAACACUUAAACCAUUUACACCUGAGUAUAGAGGAAUAAUUACUGUUCAGUAUUGUGAAGAUGAAAAUGGAGUAAUUACACUUGUUGCAUCUCAAGAUCAUACCGAAAAUACUAAUAGUCAAACAGAAGAUGUUAUGUCAUCGUCUGAACAAACAAAUCAAGGAAAAAAUAUAAAAAUUUAUCAACAUCAAUCAUCGACGACUAGUCAAACUGAUUUCAAACAACAAGCAUCAUCACCACCUACAACACCAGAAGUGUCAAAACUGAGCUAUUCGAAUAGUCUAAAAAAAUCUGUACAGUUACGCUGUUUUAAAGAUGGUCAUGUAGACUAUUCAAUCAUAUCUCCCUCAUUACUUGAUGUUAUUAAUUAUGAUCAAGGUAAAACAGAAGCAAAAGUAAAUCCAUGGUGUUUAAAAAUGUGUAAACAACAUGCAGAAAAGAUGCAUCAACUAGUUGGAGAUAAUACAGAAAAUACAGUGUCAGAAACUUUUAUGUUACUCGAGAAUAUUACAGCACGUUUCAAAUAUCCUUGUAUAUUAGAUCUGAAAAUGGGUAAACGUCAGUACGGUGAUGUAGAUUCAGAUAAAAAGAAAUUAUCAAAAAUACAAAAAUGUGAAUUAUCAACAUCGUCAAAAUUAGGAACAAGAGUUUGUGGCAUGCAGGUUUAUCAAGUUGAUAAUAGUCGUUAUAUUUGUUUUGAUAAAUAUGCUGGUCGUAAAUUAACUAUUGAUGGUUUUAAACAAACACUUCGACAAUAUUUAGACAAUGGUGUACAAUUACGUACUGAUGUUAUUCAACCAAUACUCGAACGAUUACAUGCAUUACGCACGAUUAUAUGUACACUUUCACGAUAUCGUUUUUAUAGUGGAAGUUUAUUAAUUAUUUAUGAAGGUUUACAACAACAAGGACAAUCAAUAUCUGAUGAAUCUAGUUUAAUUGAUAUAAGAAUGAUUGAUUUUGCUCAUUCAUUACGUGCAUCACCCAUCAGUUCAGAUGUCACUCCAUCACAUACCGGACCAGAUAAAGGCUACUUAUUUGGUUUAGAUAAAAUAAUGGACUUAUUAAACGAUAUAUUAAAAGAAAAAAGUACAACGACUAUAGGUGCUACAAUAGGAGCAACAGCAAUGAAAACAAUUGACAAAAGAGAAUAA